UAUUAGUCUAUUUCAAUCAAUUAUUAUAGUGUUUUGUAGGCUAUGUGCGUGUCAGAAAAAUGGUUUUGUAACAAUUUAAGAAAAAGUUUUAAAUGAUACAGAUCGUGACUUUGAUCCGUCGGCUGAUAUGUUAGUUCAUGACUUUGAUGACGAACAAACUCUUGAAGAAGAAGAAAAUAUGAGUGGUGACAGUUGUUCAAACGAGCUCAAUGAUUUGGAAAAGGAGGGGGAGAUGCCAAUAGAAGAUUUAUUGGCUAUUUAUGGUUACAGUGAAAACCAAGACAAUCAGGAUAAUACACGUUCUAGUAGUGAAGAGGAGAUUCUCAGUAAUCAUGAUUUAACUUUAGAUAAAGAUGAAAUCGCUCGAGAUGUGUUAAAAAACAAUAGUGAUGACGAUGACAAAGAGACGACUGUUACUGAUUUAUUAGAAAGCGUGACGUCCUCCCACACUCCGCGUCUUCUUAGAUCUAAAGUUCCUCAUCGCAGUAGUGUACAUGAUGAUGAUGAUGUCACAGAUUCCGAAGAUGACGUUGAUUAUCAUCCAAUAGCUGAAGAAGAUUGGAAAAAGACUAUACAAGUUGGUGGAGAUUAUCAGGUUAAAGUACCAGAAGGUUUAUGUAAAUAUGGAGAUGCACCAGCCUAUGAAAAUGAAGAUAGAUUAUUAUGGGAUCCUAGUAAACUUGACGGUGAUAAAGAUAAUAUAAUUGAAACAUAUUUAAAAGAAGUGCAAAAGGAGAAUUUAGCCACAGCAACUGGUGUUAAUUCUAUACCAACAGGUGUACAUAUUAAAGAUGAUGAACAGGCUUUAUAUUUAUUAUUACAAUGCGGUCAUAACAUGGAUGAAGCUUUACGACGGAGAAAAAUGUCAGCCGUAGCAACAUCCGAUCCAAUGAGCUUAUGGUCAGAGGAAGAAUGUAGAAAUUUUGAAAAUGGCAUCAGAACUUACGGAAAAAACUUUUAUCUUAUUCAACAAAACAAGGUGAGAACGAGGUCGGUAGGUGAAUUAGUUCAGUUUUAUUAUUUGUGGAAGAAAACAGAAAGACAUGACGCCUUCGCUAAUAAAACCCGAUUAGAAAAAAGAAAAUAUGCAUUACAUCCUGGUGUAACAGAUUAUAUGGACCGUUUUCUAGAUGACAGUACACCACCCCCUAGAGAUAGGUCGGAUAGUCCUUCUUUAAGUAGUCUGGUUUACGGGGAAUUAAAACGAUCUCAUAUAAAACAAGAAAAUGAAACAAAGUCAGGUGGGGACGUAAACAUUCAUGUUACCGCGACGAUUACAGCAUCAACAAACUCAGACAAUUCAAUCUCCUCAUUAUCCCAUAAAAGGUCUCAAUCAAGUGAAACAUUUGUGAACGGUACUUUAGAAAACGUAAAUGUCAGUAGUGAACCUGUAGUUAAAAAAGUAAAAACUGAAUCCAAUGUUAGUGACUCAAAACAUUCGUUUCCUGUUUCGCCGGCUGAGCAUCCAGCUGAUAGUUUACCAGUCGAGGCCACCAUUGAAAAUAUAUCAGCCCCGAAUGUAGGUUCUCUUGAUCUCCUGGUUCCGGAAAACGUACUUAUUAAUAAAGCAACCCCCGAAACAAUAGCGCAGUGACGUGGUUAAACUGUUAUAUAAACUGUGCAAUAUACAUGCAUCUCGUCAUUAAGUACAGAAUCAAACAUAAGACUUGAGUGAUCAAAGCUGAAGAUUUGUUCAAAUACAGUUCCAGUAUUUCGUCAAUGUUAUAAUAGUGAAUAAUAUCCAAUCUUCCUCUAAAGGCCAGCGUUUUUUUGACAAUUUUUUGUCUGCAAAUUUGUGUUUUUAUUGCGCUUUUCUACAGGCUUAAAAAAACAAAACAAAUACCAUACCGGGUAGGUGAUAUGUUAGUAGCAUGGAAGAUGGACGAUGCAGCAUAGUGUGUGCAGAUGUUUAGAUUUCAUUAUUCGUAAUUAAAGUGAGUUAUUUAAUAAUACGGAUGUUAUUAGUUAACAAACUGUCAUCUUGCAUGAGUGUUCUGAUCCACUAUCAUAGUACCAGAAUACCAUGAUCCAUUUCAUCAUAGUUUUAGAAUGGUUCAGUUAUCUGCCAUUAAACAACAGAGUGAGUUUGUAUACUUAUUCUCAAUCACAAAGAAGUGCAGUGAGUUUGUAUACUUAUGCUCAAUCACGAAGAAGUGCAGCGAGUUUGUAUACUUAGUCUAAAUCACAAAGAAGUGCAGUGAGUUUGUAUACUUAUUCUUAAUCACCAAGAAGUGCAGUGAGUUUGUAUACUUAUUCUCAAUCACGAAGAAGUGCAGUGAGUUGGUAUACUUAGUCUAAAUCACGAAGAAGUGAUAUUAAUAAUAUUACAAAACUGACACAGUUAUAUGGGACAACAAUCACUGGUUUAUUAUACACAAGCACAACGUUUCGAUAAGUAUUCUCUUAUCGUUAUCAAGCUUAACGUUGUGCUUAUGUAUAAUAAACCAGUGAUUGUUGUCCCAUAUAACUGUGUCAGUUUUGUUAUGUUUCCAAUUGCUAAAUGCCACUAAAGGAUUAUAUUAAUAAUAUUAAUUGUUUAAGUUGAUGAAUACAAGAGAAAUAUGUAUAAAUGUAUAUUUUUGUUUGAAUUGUUAAGUUUUUGAAAUCAUAUUUUCUACUUUUAUUUUAUGCCUAUAAUUAAUGUGACAUUUCAUGAUGUAAAUCCAUAAUCAUUCAUAUUAUAUUGAACUUCAUUUAUACUUGGGGGUGUGAGUUGGGAUAUCAAAAUGAGUUGGAAGUCGCAAGUCUUUUAUUAUGUCAACUAAAACAUUAAAAUAGGCUAAAUAUAUAUUUUUAAUGAUAUAACACACAAAUGGUGGAAGUAGGGUUUUGACAAAUACAGCAAACUAAUUUUUUGUUUUAUUUUUAGCCUAUUUUGACAUUUUUGUUUAUCUAUUUUAAACGAUAAGUUGCAAUAUUCUUUAAAUGGCAUUUAGUAAUGUUGCAAUGUCCGACUCAAUUUGCUGUCGUGGGUCACAUACAUAGAUACAAGUGUAUCUACAAUGAUUAACUGCCAAUUAGAAGUGCAUGUACUAAGUAGAUAUUAAUAGUCCACUUUUCAAAAUGGAAGGGAUUGCUUUAUCAGUCAUAUUUUCUGGGUUUAUUCAAAUUAUUGCAUGCUAAAAUUUGGUUAUUUAGUAAAUUAAGUACCAAUAUAUUUUGUUCUGAGAUCAGUGAUGUUCCAUGGUGAGGAAUGGGGAGAUCGUGCUCCUCCAUCCCAACUCGAUACUUUUGAAAAGUUAGUUUCUUGUAAUUACAAUGUAGUUUAAAAUAUGUUGAGAAAACAAAAAGUGGAAAACAAAAUUGCCAUAGAUUUAUAGCCUGUUCAGACGCUUACGUUGAACUGAUUUAAAAACCCAGGGGAUUGUUAAACCAGUUUAACUUUGUUGCCUGAUCGGUUUGGCGUAAAAUAAAAACCUCAGCUCCAGCUCGCUUUGGGCAUGCGCAGUAUGCAGUAAGUAACAUUCCUGGGAAAAUGUCGGUCAGGCAGUGCGAGUGUUAUCGAAAGCGUGCAAGAACCGAAUAAAGAAUGUGAAACUACCCAUUAGUAUGUUCUUUAAAGUAUGUGUUUUGUUGUUACCCAUUAGUACUUAACACUAAAAUUCAACCGAAGAGGUCAGAAUAGUUGAACCGGUUUGGCUUAUAGUAUGUGUGAACAUAACUCGAUCCUGUCUUAAAAUCCCCGGUGAUUUUGAACUGGUUUAAAGAUAAGCGUCUGAAUGGUGUAUUAGUUGAUCGACAACAUUUCAGUCAGUUUUUAUCAAGUAAAAUAGAUCAUCUUGAGGAUAAAACCGCUCGGAAAUAAACAGUUGAAAUAUUCAGUAGAACGCACCUCGUCUGUUUCUAGUUCAAUUAUUAAAUUUAGUUUUGUUUUUUUGAAGUGUGUUUUGGACAGUAUUUACAGAUACAUGUGCUAGUCACUAUCUUUAGUCCUUUUUUCCGAAAACAUCUUAAUAUUUCAUGGUUUAACCCAUAUUCAUUAUUUAAGAAAACGGAACCAAGAUAUCAAUGAUACAUGUAGAUAAUUUCCUGCCUUAGAUUCCAUCAGGUUAUAAAAAUCCCAUCAAAAUAAUUAACCCAACACGUAUUGGGUUUCGAUUCUCUGCUUGUACCUGACAAGGAGUAGGGUCACCUGUUCAACCUUGUGGGUUUACUCCAGGUUCCCUGGUUUCCUCCCACUGCUAAAGACACCUACGUGCAAGUGAAUUAUUGAAAUAAAAUUAAACCAUAUGUAGUUCCGAAAUGACCCAGUUUGUGUCGAGUGGACAUUAAACCCCAUUUAUCUCUCUCACAGUAGAUUAGAUGUCAAAUUUUCAGUACAAACUGAAUGAAAUUAUACAAUUUUAAGACUGAUAUUCCGUUUAAAGUCCUUUUUUUGGAACCUUGUAAUUUGUAAUGGAUUAAAAAUAAAUGAUAAUGAAUGUUUGGUCCACUUCAAAAUUUCAAAUGGUCAUCAGCAACUUUAAGUCAAUUAGCCACAUAAUAGAUGUAUCUAUGUUGAAUUUAAAACAAACGCCACAGUUCUUUGGAAAACAAUUAAUAUAUUUUAAUAUUGAGCUACAUGUAUUAUUCUCUUGUCAUUUUCAAACACAAAAAUACUAAGGUACAUGUAGCUACAAUUAAAAUAUAGUAAUUUUUUUUCAAUAGAUCAUUAGAUUUGUUGUAUUUAUUUUAAUAAUAAUAAUCCAUCUUGUACAGCUCUGGUACAUUCAGUAAAACUGCUCAGUGGUGCACAGAUUAAUGUUUAAAAUCACUUAAAACACUCCUUAAAAUUUGAAAGUAGGAAUCGGUUUAAAAGGCAUAUUAAAAUAGUGUGUUUUGAGAUUCGUCUUAUAACUUGAGGCAGAAUAACUUUGUUUAAUGUAAAGUAGCAAUUUGUGUUUAAUUACUAAAUGAAAUGGUGUUUAAACCAUACAGGUUAUAUUUGAUGCUAUUCAUCUUGUAUAUUAUUUCAUCUGUGUACAUGUAUAUAGAAUAUCUAUUCAAUAUGAAAUCAUUGACAUAGUGCUUUUUUUUAGUUUUAUUUAGUUUAUUAAGAGUUUAUUUAGAGAGUAAGUUUCACAAUUGUACCAAAAGAAUAUUAAAAUUGUACAUUGUAUUUUUCUACUGUACAGUUGUUAAUACACAUUAGCGUAGUCUUUAGUUUAGUUCAGGUGUUUAUACAUGCAAGUCGGAAUAAAAUAGUUGUAGAAAUCGUAUUUACACGCAUACACUAAAAUCCAUAAAAUAUUCAUCUAUUUAAAUAUAUUUACUUACUUAUUGUCUCAAGUACAGGUCAGCAUUCUCUUUAUACUGCGGUCAAAUAAAAAUUAAAAUAUUACUUAAAAUUCAAAACAUUAAAUUUAUCCAUGUUUUGUUGUGAUUUGAAUCUGUCACAAAAAUCUAGUUAAAGAAAUAAACAAAGACAAAGAU